GAUAUAACCUCACUUAACACUUUCCCAAUGCGUUAUCACGCGAUACGGCGUUGAUUUAACGCGUGUUUUUAUUUUAUAAGAGAAAAUGUGGUGAAUUAUUGAACAGAAACACAAAAUAAACAAAAAUGAGUAAGUUAUAUGUUCUUUACGAACAUAGUGCGGGCUUCGCCCUCUUCCAAGUGGCGGAGUUCGAGGAGCUGGCAGCAUUCCUGCCGCAAGUCGAGGAGUCUGUGACUGAUCUGCAGCGGUUCAACUCUGUGGUCACACUCAUCGCGUUCCAGCCCUUCAAGUCAGCUAUCACCGCUUUGGAAAAUAUCAACGCGGUGUCUGAAGGUAUCAUACCCGAGGAUUUGAACCUGUUUCUGGAGGGAGCUUUACCGAAGCGCAAGAAGCGCGGAAAAUGCACUCUCGGUGUGGCGGAUCCCAAGCUUGGUGCUGCCAUCAGCGAGGCUCUGGAGAUUCAGUGCUCCCAUGUUGGGGCCGUUCCGGAGAUACUGCGAGGCAUUCGCCACCACUUCCACGCACUCAUCAAGGGGCUGACUCUCAAGGCAUGCAGUGUAGCGCAGCUCGGUCUCGGGCACUCAUACUCCAGGGCCCGUGUCAAGUUCAACGUACAUCGAGUGGAUAACAUGAUUAUACAGUCCAUAGCGCUGUUGGAUCAGUUAGACAAGGAUGUCAAUACAUUCUCCAUGAGAAUCAGAGAGUGGUACUCCUACCACUUCCCGGAGCUUGUCAGCAUCGUCCCCGAGAACUACCUCUACACCAAGUGUGCUGAAUACAUCAAGGACCGCAAGUCCCUCUCCGAAGAGUCACUGGAGCCCCUCACUGAGAUCCUGGGUGACUCGGAGAAGGCCCAGGCCAUCCUGGACGCUUCAAAGAUGUCCAUGGGUAUGGACAUAUCUCCGGUGGACCUGAUUAAUAUACAGAUGUUCGCCGUGAGGGUUGUGAAGCUUAGUGAUUACAGAAAACAAAUAGCAGAGUACCUCCACACGAAGAUGAACUCCGUGGCGCCGAACCUAACCACUUUAAUAGGCGACCAAGUCGGGGCCCGCCUCAUCUCCAAGGCUGGCUCUUUGACCAGUCUCGCCAAGUACCCGGCUUCCACACUGCAAAUCCUUGGUGCUGAAAAGGCGCUAUUCAGAGCUUUGAAGACCAAAUCAAACACCCCUAAGUACGGUCUCCUGUACCACUCGACGUUCAUCGGACGCGCGGGACUCAAGAAUAAGGGUCGCAUCAGCCGUUAUUUGGCCAAUAAGUGCUCCAUCGCGUCGAGAAUCGAUUGCUUCUCCGAAACCCAAACAACAGUCUUCGGCGAAAAGCUGCGCCAGCAAGUCGAGGACCGGCUCAAGUUCUACGAGACGGGCGACAUUCCCAAGAAGAACAUAGAAGUUAUGAAGGAGGCCAUGGAGGAAGCCCUGAACGCCACGCAGGAGCUGGAGGCCAGCGCCAAGAAGAAGAAAAAGAAGAAGAAGAAGAGGGAGGAGCCUAUGGAUGAGGAUUAGUGCCUCGGAUAUGUCGGCGGCCGACCGUGUAAUCAGGCCGGUCAUAAAGUUCCUCUAACGUUUUGACGGUAGUCUUCUUCCUCGCGUUAUCUCGGCAUUCUGCCACGGCUCAUGGGAGCCUGGGGUCCGCUUGACAACUAAUCCCAUGAUUUGACGUAGGCACUAGUUUCACGAAAGCGACUGCCAUCUGACCUUCCAACCCAGAGGGGAAACUAGGCUUUAUUGGGAUAAGUCCGGUUUCCUCACGAUGUUUUCCUUCACCGAAAAGCAACUGGUAAAUAUCAAAUGAUAUUUCGUACAUAAGUUCCGAAAAACUCAUUGGUACGAGCCGGGGUUCGAACCGCGACCUCCGGAUUGACAGGCGCGCGCUCUUACCGCUAGGCCACCAGCGCUUCGGCGUUUUGACG